AAAUUUAUGAAAUAGGAUUGAUAAGAUAACGUAUACGCAUAAAUUCAUACUUUGGAAGUAGUGACAUGUGAUUAUAUAGAGAGCGACGCGUAACGUGGACAUUUUUCUUUACAUAUGUUCUGACAUUUCAAAAAAUUUUCGCUUCAUCUUUUCGAAAGAUUUACAAAUAAUAGACUUAAGAAUUUAUUUUUCUAUGUCUUAUCGCCGUGGUGAGAUUAUAUUUAUACAAUUGAUUCAAAGAAGUACGCUUAACUUUUCGAUCAAACGUUUAAAAUAGUCCAAUUUGACUUAAGCUUUUCUCGUGACGUGAGAUUGCUUACAUAUAUCGCUAUAGAGGACACGAUUAUUGGAAGGAACUAUUAGGAUGUCGAAAAAAAUCAUAUGUUUAUUUGAUAUAGAUGGCACAUUAACUGAACCAAGACAACCAAUCAAGAGCAAUGUUGAGAAAUUUCUUUUGACUAUUUUGAAAAAAGAUUUUGAUAUUGCCGUAGUUAGUGGAUCAGAUUUGAAUAAAAUCAAAGAACAACUUGGUAAUGAAAAUAUAUUUGAGAAAUAUAAAUACAUUUUUGCAGAAAAUGGUCUUGUUUCUUUCAGGGAUGGCAAUUUAUUACCAUCACAGACAAUUCAAAGUAUAAUUGGAGAAGAUGUACUACAAGAUGUAAUAAAUUUCUCAUUAAAAUAUAUAUCAGAACUCAAACUACCAUUUAAACGUGGAACUUUCAUAGAGUUUAGAACUGGCAUGCUCAACAUUUCACCAGUUGGACGUAAUUGUACAAAGGAAGAACGUGAACAAUUUUAUGAAUAUGACAUAGAAAAUCAAGUGCGUCAAAAAUUUAUACAAGCACUUAAGAAAGAGUUUCCUAAUUUAGCCUUGACAUAUAGCAUAGGUGGACAAAUAUCUUUUGACGUGUUUCCAAUUGGUUGGGAUAAAACGUAUUGUUUAAGGCAUAUACAAGGCUAUGAAGAAAUACACUUUUUUGGUGAUAAAACAGCUGUUGGUGGCAAUGAUCAUGAGAUUUAUGAAAGUGAUUUAACUGUUGGACAUCGUGUAACUGGUCCUGAAGAUACGAUUAAUCAACUAAAUAUCCUUAUAACUCUUGUUAAAGAGAAUAAAGAAAAGGAACAAAUAGCAAUACCAAUGCAAUGUGUAUAAGUUACACUGUACAUACGUUGAUAAAAAUUUUUGUUGUAAAUGCUAAGAUAUUGUUAAAUAUUAUGCCAAAUUUUCAAUAUAAAGAAAAUAUUAAUUUUGAAUGGUAGAUUGUUUUUCAACAUAUGUCAUAAACUGUUUCUAUUUUAUUUCAAAAAUGAAUUAUAAUAAAUAAAGAACUCGUUAAUUGUUGCUA